AUGCAUCGCUAUAUUCCUUACCGAGACGUGGACACCCCCUUGUCCGACAAGAUCCGACUCAAGGCACGGCCGCUUUCGCUUCCUUCGCCGCCGCCCGGGACCGUCGUGCCCGUCAUCCCCAUCGGCCUUUCGUCCGUUCUUCACCUUUCUCAACGGGAGACGCCGCCGGAAGAUGCCAGAACCGUCCGGCGAGUAUUCACCCAUUUUUUUGGGCCUCGGCCCCGAGAGGAGGAGAACCAGAGCCAACACGAGGGGCGGCUCGCCGACGCCCUUGAGAUCAACCAGACGGCAAAAAUCCUUCAAAUAGGCCAUCCAUCCUCGGGCACCCCGUCAAGACUUCGGGCAACGCUCAAGGUGGAGGAAGCGGCCAAUCUGCCAUCGGCACCCUACCGGGUUCUCCAAGCCCCGGAGCUUGAGGACGAUUACUACCGCUCCCCGCUAGCAUACUCUCCGACCUGUCAAUGCUUGGCCGUUGCCUUGGGCAGUACGGUCUAUAGAUGGUCAGAGUGGUACGACCCCAAGCCCGUCUACCGCGCGCCGCUUCAGCGACGAAACGGCCUGACCUCCUUGUCUUUCUCCUCGAAACAGGGCGGCAAAGCCAUCCUCGCCUUUGGAAGAAAGGACGGCUUCUUCGGUCUUCUACCAUCUCAGAACCCCUUUAAUUCGGGCGUCUUGGUGCCGACGGAAGACUUGCUCGUCGGCGACAGUCAGGGAACCAUCCUGCAGUACGUGGUCGAAUGGCCCAGCCUUUGGGAAGUCUCGAGGGACACUUGGCUUGGCAAGGUCACGCCGAUAGCCAAGAUUGCGGCCCAUACCUCGCAGAUCUGUGCCCUCGUCUGGUCACCAAACGGACAGAGUUUUAUGUCGGGGAGCAACGACAACACAGUCCGUCACUUCGAGAUCGACCGAAUGACGGAGAGUCGAUUUACCGAGCGCAGCGCAACCUUGGCUCGCAGAGGUCACAAUUCGGUGCAAGGCGAUAACAAGGCCGAAAGAGACCCGCCACCUCCCGAAGACCUGGGACCAAGCCGACGGGAAGGACGAGUAAGUGAGGGGACGUCAUCUCACACUCUCCCAGGCGGUGAAAUGGCCGAGGCCGACGUUGCUGGAAGCAUUCCACGAGCGGUUCAUACCCCUGGGCAAGAUGUCCGGGUAUUUGGGCAUGGGAUGGAGACUCACUGCUGGAGGCAUGACGCCGCAAUCAAGGCCAUUGCCUUCUGUCCCUGGCAAGACGGUCUCGUUGCGACUGGUGGCGGAUUGGGCGACAAGUGCAUUCGCUUCUUCCACAUCGGGACGAACACACCCUUGGCUACCAUUGUUGUAGGAGCCCAAGUCACUGCAUUGAUCUGGUCUACUACGAAACGCGAGAUCGCGGCCACGUUCGGUUACAGCCACGGCUACGCGCAAACAGAGCACCCAUACCGCAUAGUCGUGUUCAGCUGGCCGUCCUGCCGAAAUGUCAGCGCUGUGGCAUGGCCAGGCGGCCCUAGGGCCUUGUGUGCCAUCCCGUACCCCAGAGGACCAGCGAAUGCGCACGAACGAAGCCGGACGGCGAAGGAGGGGACCAUCGUCGUGGCAUCGAGCGACGAGACUCUCAAGUUUCACGAAGUGUGGCGAGAUCGGCCCAAAUCGGCAAUCGGCGGCGUCGUAGGGAUACUUGGCAGCGACGUUCUCGAGGGUCUUGUCGGGAUCGACAAGGAGGGAGACGUUAUUCGAUGA